AGGAGUCAUCGCUGGCAAGGAUCCUCGGCACCGUUGGAAGGCAGCGUGAGAACGCAGCGAUCUUGCGGGACACAAAGGCUCGCCGGCACAGCGUUCUGGAGGAUCUGAAAGCUCGACGAGACAGCUUGUUCCAAAGGGCUCGUAGGGUCAGCAUGUUCGAGGAGAAGGAGAAUAGCGCCAAGGACACUAUUAAGGACAACAUCAAGAUCGACGUUAAGGAUAGCAGCGCGACGAAGGAGAAGGCAAAGGACAAAAGGAGAGGUAGCGACAGUGGCAGGAGAGGCUCGGUGUUUUACGUGUCCGAGGAUCUGCUGGAGGAGAAUCAGGAAGUAUUGGAGAACGAAGACCGCGACCGUAUGGUUCAGGAGGCGAAGAAGGCACGCCGGAAAUCCUGGCAUCCACUCGUCAAGCCACCCAAGCUGGAUCGCAAAAGGAGGAAGGGUGUGUCUGGCGCUCCUUCGGAGAUUGGCAGCACUGAGGGACUUUUUUCGCAAAGUUAUCCGCGACAGAAGAGGCCAUCCUGGUGGAACAUUUUCGUACCGGAGUCAGUCUCCAGGAGCAAGAGCCGUAGUGUGGAUCAUGGAUUUACGGCACCCUUCGAUUUGGACGCGCUGCGGAACAAAAUCGAAGGACGUUUUGAAUCUGUGGAGAAACUCUCGAAAGAUUCCGAUAGCGAGAGCAAAGAUGGCUCCACGACACAGGAGAAGAAACACGGCCGUGUCUCGCAGCCCAUCAACACCAUUGCCUACACGGUGGGUGAUAGAGACACGCUUACAUCAGUGGCAGCGCGAUUCGAUACGACGCCAUCCGAGUUGAGCAAACUGAAUAGGCUCGGAAGUACUUUCAUUUAUUCCGGUCAGCAGUUAUGGGUGCCGGCGAAAGGAGAAGGACGUCCGGGAGGCGGAUCAGCCGCAGAUGCGCCCAGCCCUGACCCUUGCCACGAUCAUGAGUCCCAGGAUGACCUACCACCCGAAGAAAAAGAACUUCUGGAUAAUCUGAGACCAGUAUCACCAAAGCCAGGCCAUAUGGAACGUAUAAAAACACCUUCUGGAUCCGGUACAGUUGCAGAUGAAGAUGAACAACCGUUCAGAGAAAGAUUUCUAAAAAUUAAUGUCAGGCAUAUCACAGAUGGCCAGGGUGUAGUCGGCGGUGUGCUGUUAGUUACGCCAAAUGCAGUUAUGUUUGAUCCAAACGUAUCUGAUCCUCUUGUCAUCGAGCACGGUGCUGAGUCUUAUGGAGUGAUUGCUCCCAUGGAAUUCGUAGUCAACGCUGCGAUUUAUUACGAUAUCGCGCACAUGAGGGUCUCCCAUACCGAAUCCGGGCAUUUAGACAAAAAGCCUGAAAUUUAUUACAUGAAAAAACCCCAAAUCGAUAAUCGUAAAUGUCAAUCUCCGGGGAAAGAUGAGAAUUUUCCCGAAUUAGCAGGUGACGAUAGCGAGAGUGUGUGUAGCUGCGCCGAGAGAGACGGCGACGCUUUUCCAAAGGCCUUUGAGCGAGAGCUUGUCACUCCUACCAAUCUCCAGAGUGAGGAGAACUUAACUUCGACCAAAGAUAAAGAGAAAGAGAAAGAUAGUAAUGAGAAAGAAUUUUGCACUAGCGGCCAAGCUAGUAGAACUUUAGAAGAACGCAGACGUUCCAUGCUCGAUCAUCAUUGGGCAAUUCCUAGCAAAGAUCGAAGUACGUUUUCGGUUGAUGACGAACAACAAGAUUCAUUAAAUUCUGAUAAGCAAACGGAACCACCAGCUAAAUCAAAUGCCAUUCCUGAAGACGAAGAAGGAUCUCUAGUCAAAUUGUCGUGCCAUGAUUCUGGUAUCGAUAUCCGUGAUCCUAAUCCACCUGUUCCAGUAGUACAGCCUAUACCAUCAAAAAAAGUUUACUCCGAUGCGGAUAUUGUUUUAUCCUCGGAUUGGGUUCCUCCGAUAACGAUAGCACCAAUGAAUAUUACGAGUAUGUUGGAAGCCAGUUCUGCUAUUAACGGCAGGAAAAAAGCCAGCUCGGUGUCCUUUAGCUUAGAGAGUAACGCAGAAGAGCCUGAGAAGGAUGAAGAACACAAAGAGGAUGAUAAACAGGAAACUCGAAAAAAUAAGAUGCUAAAACGUCUGUCGUAUCCAUUGUCCUGGAUGGAAGGUUUAACUGGAGAGAAGGAUGACGAUAGCAGUAAAUCCAUCUCUGACAAGAUGUCAAGCCUUCCAAACAGUGCAGAUUCCCAUCAUUCCUCUGUUUUCAGCAAAGUCUUCUCGAGCUCGCCGAUCAACCUGGUGAGUGACUUUAGCUCGGGCCUGUUUGCUAAAACUCCCAGCGAAGAGAGUGGCGGGGGCGGUAGAGCGGGCGGAACUCCUCCGCUUACCGCCUCCUCUCUCUCCCAGGACUCCAGCAAUUUCUCACCUGGUCCAGGAAGCCUCAUUGGACGCUCUUCCGUGGGUACUUUUAUUAGACAGCAACCUUUAACAUCUUCUGGCAGCAGCAGCGUCGAUAGCAGUCGAGGUAGCAAAACUUCCACGACGGCACCUCGAUUGGACUACCGUAGUAUGGUCUCGGUCGAUGAUAUGCCGGAAUUGUUUGUGAGUUUCGACAAACUGAUUCCACGACCUGCUCGUUCUUGCGAGGACCCACCGCUGUACCUGAGAUUACGAACGGGAAGACCCAAGGACAAGAAGAUACCACGAUCGACGCCAAUUAUGAGUUACGGCAAGAAAAAACUGCGUCCCGAAUACUGGUUCAGCGUACCACGCAACAGAGUGGACGAUCUGUACAGGUUUAUUCAUGCGUGGGUGCCGAGUCUGUACGGCGAGCUGGAUGAGAACUACUGGCGAGAACGCGGCUACAUCCUGUCCGAUACCGACACUGACCUAUCGCCGGAACUGUCACCCCACGAGAGUGGCGAAGGCGCGGAUUCCACGGAGGAGAGCAAAGCUGGACAAGGUGACGACAUUAGCGAGUUGACAAGGGAAUCCUGGGAGCUGAUCAAGGCCCCCUACGUAAAGCUGUACAGCAUCCUGAAGACUUCGAGUACAUCGGCCGAUUCUGAGCAGAUCCAGGAUUCGGAGGUACUGUCCAUGAGCGAGGAGUUCAGGCGAGCUCUUUACGCGAACAGUGCCAUUUCUCUGGACAACGACAUCAUCGUGCCCGAUCUUAUUGGCACGACGGAAAUACUCAGCGAUGAGCACAGGGAACACCUCUGUCGUCAUCUACCUGCGAGAGCAGAGGGCUAUCAAUGGACUCUUGUCUUCAGCACUAGCCAACAUGGUUUCAGUCUCAAUAGCAUGUAUCGAAAAAUGGCAAAGGUCGAGAGUCCGAUUCUUUUAGUCAUUGAAGACACGGAGGGCAACGUGUUUGGUGCACUGACCUCGUGCUCUCUACACGUGAGCGAUCAUUUUUACGGUACCGGCGAGUCCCUGCUCUUCAGGUUUACACCGAGGUUCCAGUGUUUCAAUUGGACUGGAGACAACCUGUAUUUCAUUAAGGGCAAUAACGAGAGCCUAGCAAUCGGCGCUGGAGACGGCAAGUUUGGGCUCUGGCUGGACGGUGAUCUGUAUCAGGGCAGGACACAAUCUUGCAGUACAUACGGCAAUGAGCCAUUGGCACCACGCGAAGAUUUCGUCGUUAAAAUAUUGGAGUGUUGGGCAUUCAUAUAGGACACGGCCUUAUGUUCCCAAUCUGUGACUCCUUUAUCGUCAUCGCAACCUAAUUUAACCUGAACAUGUGAGCCUCACGAAGAUUUCGUUUCCAGGAGAGAUUAGAGGAAAACUAACUAUUCUAAGAACAUUGUCGGGAGAGUUGAGUCGUGUCAAUCUUACCACGACACCGAUUAACUCUAUCACUAUUUGGGGAAAUCUCGCCCAGUGUUAGACAUGAUGAUUCUCUGAGGGGAAGGAAAUGAAUCAAUGUCCGCACGAAGAGACAACGACAGCAUUGCCUGAUGAUGAUGAUGAAAACGACGAGAAGCAGCCUUGAAAGGGAUGCGGACGGUUAAAAGAGACUGUCAUGGCCCGAAGUUAUGCGAUCCAUAGCGCGUGCCUAUUUGCAUAUCGCGUGAUUACUGAUUAUUGUUAAUUGCUCCUGACUCCCCUGUCUUUUUUAAGUUGGCGUAUUUAUUUUAUUUUUUUUUAUAUUCUUUUAAAUGAGAUUGUUGCUCGUCAAUUUGAUUUAUGAUUAUUGUGAGUUGACCGAGAGUCGAAGAAUUAUGAUUACUUUGUAUAAUAAUCGUUACUUCGAACUAGUCGUGAGUUUAUACAUUUAACGCCGAUAUAAAGAUAAUUAUGAUAAUGAUGAUGAUAAUGAUGAUAAUA